GCGCGGGCAAGGACUGCUUCAUCGGCGCCUUCUCGUGCUUCAUCUGCUUUGAGGGGUGCAAGGACUGCUGCGAGUGCUGCGCAGACAUCAUCUGCUGCCCGUGCGAGAUGUGCUGCUAAACGUGUAUCCUCCGCCGGAGUCGCUGUUGCCGCCGUGAAAAGACGAAUGUCUGGCUCCACAUACCAUGUAUAUUAGAACGUUGCUUUGUUCUGCAUUCUCAGUGCUGUAUGGACGCCUCGAUGCCUUGCCCGCCGUAGAUAUGUUGUAUGCGGUGGACGCUUCAUUGUUGCUUGUACAGAAACGUUAUGGAUAUUCACUCCAAACUGCCAAGCGUGUCUGCGUUCGACGCACGUCAUCCAAGCAACGUACGCCGGCGAUCUCAAGAAGCUUGUCAGGCACUGGGGAAAUGCUUCCGCGGUGGGUGCCAACGUUGAAGGUACCAAGUUGCAGUUACCCAGAUGCCUUCUCGGUCCUGGGCCGUCCGAACGCAUGGCAGCGAACGACCGGCCUCGAAAGACCAGAUAACCUUGAGAGUAACCACACAACAUUCACGCGCGAAGCAGGCUUCCACUUCUGGAGCACAUCACAGAGAAGACCCUCGAUAGCGGCAGGUCGAUCACGAUUAGAGUACGUAGCAUAUGUAACGAACAGCGCGAGGGUGCGGCGAAACGAGGGCAAGUGUCCAGAGGGUGAUUCACGGGUGGGUCAGGCGCUCUGAUGUGCAGUAUGGGUCCAGGUGCGAUGUGUGCUAGCGAUGGGGAUAGGUCCGUCCGUAGGAGUGUAUCAUCAGUCCGCUGCGUGUGGGAUAGAGUGGGUGGCAGUAGGUACGCGAACUCGCGGGGCGAGGAGAGUAAGAGAUUUUCACUGCGUGGAGUUGGUCCCCGUGAUCGUGAAGGUGGGCGAGGCGUUGCCCGAGUUGCCGAACA